AUGGAGUCUCACCCAAGAUUCCCCAAUUUUAUCAACUUGCCGGCAGAAGUCCGGAGAGAUAUCUGGGAGCGUGCCGCACACGAUAUCGUGGCAGUACCCUCAGUUCAUUUUGUGAAAGUAUUGAAAGGCCAGCUUAAUUACCUUCACGAGGAGGAGCUGGUCAUGCGCGCAAUGCAGGAAGUUCGGGAGGCUGCAGGCCCUGGCUGGGACCAGCUCCCUGUGGACAUCCAGCGAACGUUGGAGGACGACGCCCGCGUGCGUGCAGCCCGCAGCUACCGUGCUGGUUUGGUCGAUCUCAUGCCGGUCAAUGGCCUCAUGGGCCUGGCAGUCUACGGGUACAGGCCACACAUGCAGUUCCACUUUCUGGCUGCGGUCUGCCCCGAGGCUGCUGAUGCCACUGUCAAGCCUGGUGCCGACCUCAUCGCGCCCCAAGUGCCGCCAGAGACCGUCAUUUGCUUUGUUGAUCUGGAGACUGAGGUAAACCAUAGUUGGCCUGUGUUUGCAACCCGUCAUCCAGACAGAAGGCUGGCUCAGGAGGACUCGGGGGUGAGGUACAAAGGCCAGGCACUAGUCUUGCCUUGCACGUUAGAUUUCAUGAACUUUACGCCCGACUUCUUCAGCCAGACCUCAUCUGCCAGCUCCGCGCCCUGGUCCCCAACGCUACACGAGGCCUGUCCAGAGCUAGCAGGGCUCAGAAAGGUGGCGUUUGUGUAUCGCGACACCGCUUGGACUGACGCUGACUUGCUUGGGACCCAGCAUCUCGUCUCAUACCGACAUCGGCUGGGACUCAAUGCCCUUUGGCCUGAGAAUCUCCCCAGCCUGAGGGAGAUCUUCUUGAUCGAUUCUUGUAUCACGCUCAAAGCUGACAAAGAUCAAGGCAUAUCGAUGUCGUCGUGGACGUCAAAGUACUUGGGGCGUGGUGCUGCCUUUUAUGAGGUGAGUCUUGAGGACACUUGGCUCUGGAAUAUGACGACCCCCGAUGGCCGCCUGAUGCCUGUUUUUGAGGAAGCAAUGAAUCUCCAAAAGGAGUAUGGCUCCGAGUCGCUGAUCACGGUCAAGGUGCUCGCUUGCGUCCCGGAGUGGGUGGUCACUAGUCAAGGGUGA